AUGGAAGGCGCCGCGGCGUUUGGGUCUCCCAGUAACGGGGAGUCCCCCAACGGCAACCCUAUUCUUGCACAACCUCCUUUGGAAGGAGAGAACUCUGCAGGUGCUGGUCAAGCCGACGUGCAAAUGUCGGAAACCGGCGCGCAAGAAGCAACCAUUAAGCAAGAUAGCUCCACGCCCAACCCUGCCGCCGCGUCCGAGAACCCGCUUGAUGCGCCUGUAGCCCCGGCCGCUGCCACCACCGCCCAGCCCGACGAAGAGAUGGGCGACGCGCCAACAGAGGCCAAGGAAGGGGGUGAGACUGGUGCUGGUGCUGCCGAAACUGAAGGUCAAGAGACCAAGUCAAAGGAGACUAUCGAGUCCGCGGCUCGCGAUCACCUCAUCUCGCAGGCUCAUGCCAUCGUUCUCCCCAGCUACUCGACCUGGUUCGACAUGAACGCCAUCCACGAGAUUGAGCGCAAGGCCAUGUCCGAGUUCUUCAACAACCGCAACCGAAGCAAAACCCCGGCUGUGUAUAAAGACUACCGCGAUUUUAUGAUCAACACCUACCGCCUCAACCCUGUCGAAUACCUCACCGUCACUGCCUGCCGCAGAAACUUGGCAGGUGAUGUUUGCGCCAUUAUGCGUGUGCAUGCUUUCCUCGAGCAGUGGGGUUUGAUCAAUUACCAGGUCGAUGCCGAGCAGCGCCCAUCACCUGUGGGCCCGCCUUUUACUGGCCAUUUCAAGAUUAUCUGCGACACGCCUCGCGGUCUGCAACCCUGGCAGCCGUCUGCUGAUCCUAUUGUGCUCGAGGGCAAGAAGAAUGCCGACACUGAAAGCAAGGCAACCGCGGCCGCACCCUCCAAGGGCGACCUCAACCUGGAGAUCGGACGCAACAUCUACGAAGCCAACGCCAAGGGAACCACCGUCAGUAAGAUUGAAUCUGGUGCGAACGGCGAAUCUGCUGCCACAAACGGUGUGACUGGCUCGCCCGACCUCACCAAGACCCCGAUCGCCAAGGUCAAUUGCCACCAGUGUGGCAACGACUGCACUCGCGUCUACUACCAUAGCAACCAGACAGAUGCCAGUACAAAGGGCAAGUUUGAUCUGUGCCCCAGCUGCUUCACCGAGGGCCGUCUGCCCGCCAACCACACCGCUAGCAUGUAUGCCAAGGUUGAGAACCCUACGUACACUGCGACCGUUGACCGCGAUGCUCCCUGGACCGACGCUGAGACCUUGAGGCUCCUUGAGGGACUCGAGCGAUUCGAUGAUGACUGGGGUGAGAUUGCCGAGCAUGUUGGCACACGUACAAGAGAGGAGUGCGUGCUGCAGUUCCUGCAGCUGGACAUUGAGGAGAAGUACCUUGACGCGGAGACACAACCAAAUGCCCCAUCUGGCCUCUCUCUGCUAGGAUCCCAGGGUGGCCAGCUACCUUUCAGCCAAGUGGACAACCCCGUCAUGUCGGUUGUUGGCUUCCUCGCGAGCCUUGCUGAUCCCGCCAGCACUGCUGCCGCUGCCAACAAGUCUGCGGAAGCCCUGAAGCGCAAUCUUCGCAAGCAGCUGGAUGGAAGCAAGACUGCCACCAACGGCGGCAGUGCCGAGGCUGGAGACGACAAGGAGAAGAACGAGUCGAUGGAUCUGGACGUCCGUAAGGAGGACCCCAGCACCAAGCAGUCGAAGAGCGCCGAGUUGGCAUCUAUCCCGCUGGCUUCGAUGGGAGCUCGCGCGGCCGCGUUUGCUUCCCACGAGGAGCGUGAGAUGACGCGCCUGAUCUCUGCGGCGACCAACGUCAUGCUGCAGAAGCUGGAACUGAAGCUCCAAUACUUUGGCGAGCUGGAGGCUGUUCUCCGUGAGGAGCGCCGAGAGCUUGAGCGGGGCCGUCAACAACUAUUUUUGGACCGCCUUGCGUUCCGUAAGCGUGUGCGGGAGGUGCAGGACGGCCUGCAGGCGGCGGCGGAAGCCGGGGGCGAGCAGGCUGCACGCCUGGCGCAAGACGCCAUGCGGGACGGCGACUCGCUUGGAUUCCAGGCGGUGCCGGCCGGGGCCGGUAUGCAGCCCCCGAGCGCGGAGGGCGCAGUCAAGUCAUUCGAGGCGUAA